CAAAUAUAUGCUAUCAGUGUUGAGGAUCUUAAAAGGGCUCGCACGACAGACUACAUAUCAGACCAACAAUGGUGAUUCUCAUCUUCGUCUCACUUGUGCUUCUUACCCACGAAUGCAGCGCUCAAGGUGGGAUUUCAAGUUGCUGUCAGAAAAUCUCAAAUACCCACGUCCACCGAGACCUGCUGACGAGUUAUUACGUGCAGCAGCCGCCGUCGUGUCCUUUAACGGCAGUGGUAUUCACCACAGUGAGCGGCAAGAGAAUCUGCUCACACCCCUUAAAGCUGUGGACACAGAACAGCAUGGCUUAUCUCAAUGGAAAGAACUGGCAUAAAAAGCCCCAAAACACACACAAUAACAAAUCAGCCUAACACUUCUGACCUCCAUGAUCUUUGUGUUAUGCAGUGAAAGAUUAUAACAAAUAUUUGUGAUAUAAAAAAGGAUAAUAACUAAAACAGACAUGAGUGAAUUAUAAUAAUGUUACGAAAACAAAUCAUGCAACCACUAAAUUGUUAAAAAUGAAAAAAAAAACCCCACAUUGUUCUUGCCUUUUAGCCAUUAUGAAAAACAGUUAACAGUUGUUUUAUGAUCACUUCAAUAGGUAAUAAUUAGGAAUCGGAAAACAGAGGAGACCUCAGAGCACAACGCUAUCAUGAUAAGUACACCACGAUAGAGUGUUUUGGAAAUGCACAAGAUAUUUUAGUACAAUAAUCAAUACAUCAAUAAGAUUGUGCAAAUGAAGAAGAAAUUGUCAUGUUUAGAGUAAAGCUAUGCAUCCUCAAUACUUCUAUUUUAAUACAACAGAAUUCAUUCAUUUUAUGUGGAAGCAAAAGCUGAACAGGUGAACAGUA